UUUAUCAAUCUUUUUUUCUAAUAUAAAAAUAAAAGCAAAUUUUCGUGAUAAGUGGGCUAAUUUUUUUAAUCUUAUUCAAAUUUCUAGAUCGGUGACUUUCUAGAUCACAUCCUGUUUGUGAGUCUUUGCGGUGAGAUUUAUAACUUAUCAUAAUCAAUUGUAGUCUUCUUCAUCAGCAACUAAUCAAUUUCUCUCAAGUCCAUGUCUCUUCUGUUGUAAUAUGGGUUUGAAGCUAUAUGGAUUUUCUAUGUCAGCCCCAACCGAGUCUGUAAUGGCAUGCCUGGCCGAGAAGAGAAUUGAAUAUGAGCUUGUUCAUCUUAGUUUCUCAACAGGGGAGCACAAAUCCGCCACUCAUCUCGCCAAAAAUCCAUUUGGUUUGGUUCCAGUCUUGGAAGAUGGCUCUAUCACAUUUUUUGAAUCUCGAGCAAUCAGCAAGUACAUAGCAUAUAAAUACAAGAGUACGGGUACAGAUCUGCUUAGACACGACAAUAUUGAAGAAGAAGCAAUGGUCGGAGUAUGGCUAGAAGUGGAAUCGCAACAGUUCUGCCCAGCCAUCGACGCCAUUGCUCACCAAAUACUAAUAAACCCUUUCCUUGGCCUACCUACCGAUCAGUCAAUCAUCAACGCAAACCUAGUAAAACUCCAUUUGGUGCUUGACAUUUAUGAAGCUAGAUUGAGCAAUUCAAAGUACUUGGCAUGUAACUUUUUCACUCUUGCGGAUCUUCAUCACCUUCCUUAUAUUCACUACUUCAUGAAGACUCCAUAUGCUAAUCUGAUCACAUCUCGGGCUCAUGUUAAGGCAUGGUGGGAGGAUAUUUUAGCUAGGCCAUCUUUUAUUAAGGCUACUCAACAAAAUAAUAAUAUUGUCGGAUGAUUUAUAUAUAGUAAGUGAGUUUCUUACAUUUUGUUCCCGAAUUAGCAAUCAAAAACGUUGCGAGGGGUGUGUAUGUGUGUAAUAAGAUAAGUAAUGUUUAAUUUUACCAUUGUAAUCUUUACUGAUGCAGCA